UAAAAAAUCGGAAUUAGAGUGGUAAAUUCGUACGUGUGCGUGGCUAUUUGCUUGAGUGCAACAGCAGAACAACGGCCAAAUGGUGAAUAUAGCGGACAGCGGUGGUAAACAUGCCCCACAAGAAAUGGAACAAUUCCUGCCUGGCGAUGGCACUACCAAAUACAAAAUCCAACCGCGUAAAGAUGUUGAACAGGCGCUGCCGUCUCCAGACUUCGAUCCUUUCGCAGAACGCAAGGUGGAGCAUCCUACAACUGAUAACGAAACGCUCACGCAUCUGCUGAAGGCUUCUUUGGGUACUGGCAUCCUGUCUAUGCCCAUCGCCUUUAUGUACUCAGGCAUUGUGCUUGGAAUUUUUGCCACUAUCUUCACAGCUUUCAUUUGCACACACUGCAGUUAUGUACUUGUGAAAUGCGCACACAAACUCUACUAUAAAUCGCGUCGCACGCAGAUGAGUUUCGCUGAAGUUGCUGAGGUGUCUUUCCAAAAUGGGCCAAAAUGGGCACGCGGGUUUGCACCAGUUGCCAAAUUUUCCAUACUUUUCGGACUCUUCCUGACCUACUUCGGAACCUGUUCGGUGUAUACAGUUAUUGUAGCAAAGAAUUUCGAACAGGUAAAUGCAAUGAGUUUACACUUGUGUUAAAAAAAAAACUUGAGU